AUGGAUAUAAUUCGUGACCUCAAACCGUCAACCUUGAACGAGGGCGCAGCUCUCUAUCUAUCAACGUUUCCAUCCGGAGAAGAAGGCGAAGAAGAGAAAGCUGCGAAGAGGAGAUCCGGUGGGCAUUCAAAGUUUGGCUACGAUCGAGGACGGUGCGUCGUUGUCCAAGAUCAAAGUGCAAGUUCGGUGACCGCGUGGAAAAUAAAGCCGUGUUGGCCGAAAUCCAUCAGACGAACCGUUUUUGGGAGGGUCGCCAAUAGCCCCAUAAAUCGGAUUCCAGUCAAGAGGCCCAGAGAGACGACCUUGUCAAGCGGUUCGAACCCGAAGAGCACAAUCAAGCCGAACCACACCAUCCAGCCAAAUCCAAACUACGCAUCGUCCUGCAGAUCCAAGCGGCACGCCGUCCGUAACCAUACGGCCAGCCGUCUAGACAAACAGAGCGGCACGCCCUCCGUCACCAUACGGCAAACCGCCUUGUCAAACCGAGCGGCACGCUGUCUAGCCGAACCAGAUAGUACGCCGUCCAGCCAGAUCGAACAGAUACGUGGUCCCGAUAAUCCGAGCGAUUCUCUUCGUCCAGCCGAACCCGGCGAUACGUCGUCAAGCCGAACCAGGCGGCGCGCCGUUUGGUCCUACUAUCCGGAAACGUCGACGAACCGAACCGGGGAGCUCCCUAUCCAGCGGAACCGAGCAGCACGCCGUCGAGCCGAACCAGGCGGCCCGCUGCUUCACUCCAUCCGGGGACGCCAUGUAUCCAAGCCAUCCGGGUACACUGUCCAAACAGGCCGGGGGGUCCACCCACCAACCAAGUGCAACAGUCAAAUUACUGCACCUUUUCCAUCAUCCUACAAACCUUGAACAACCCACACACACACACACUUGAUCACGCCCGCCGGGAAAGCAAUCCAGAACGUAGGUCUGUUCUCAGUUCAACCAUCAUGCCACCAACGAAGCCGAUCCUAUACGAGGUGUUUCUUCCUGCUCUCUCCACCGGUCUUAAGGGGAUAAAUUAUGCCAGUUUCGCACC